AUGAUGCCUUUUCAAAAUAUUGCUUUACUCUUAGGAAUAAUUAUUUCCAGCCUAAACCAAAACUUUGUAAAUAAUCAAAUUAUUCCAUAUCCCGAACCUGGAAAUCGUAAUUUAUUGGCAGCCGAUCUAUUUCACACCUUAGUUGAAAAGCAAUCUUCGGAGAAUGUUAUAUUUUCACCGCUUUCUGCAGAGACCGCAUUGACUUUAUUAUUUAAUGGUGCCAAGGGCAAAACUGCAGAAAAUCUGCAAAAAGUUCUCAGACUUAAAACAUUAAAUGAAACUCGUAUUGCACUAGAUUUUGGUAAAUUUCUAAAGUCUAUCCUACAAUCACAGGCGAAUACCAGUGAUUCUGCAUUGUUCCUGGCUAAUCGUAUAUAUGCAGCUGAUGGCCUUAAGAUUUCUGAAGAAUUUAAUAAAAAUGCUAUAGAAAAUGUCAAUGGUUUGGCAGAUAAUGUGAAUUUUGCUGAAGGCAAAUUGGCUGCAGACGAAAUUAACCAUUGGCUGGCAAAACAGACCCAGAAUAAUAUAAAGAAUUUAUUAAGUGAAGAUGAUAUCGAUGCUUUGACUAAUAUAGUUUUAGUUAAUGGCCUGUACUUCAAGGGUAUAUGGAGGCAAAGUUUUAAUAAAGAAGCCACAAAACCCAGCGAAUUCCAAUUGAAUUUAAAAGAAAAAACUCAGGUGGAUAUGAUGCAUAUACAAGGUACUUUUAAUUAUGCCGAUUUGCCAGUUUUGUCAGCCACUGCUUUGGAAUUGCCUUACAACAGCAAUAAUCUGUCGCUGCUGAUUCUAUUGCCCAAUGAAAUUGAGGGUGUAGAGCAAUUGGAAGUAAAGCUAAAGACUUUGGAAUUUAAUUAUAUACCCUCCAGAUUGGCAGCCAAAAAAGUGUGUGCCUGUAUACCGAAAUUUCGCAUUGAACAUGAGCUUGAUUUGCGUAAAGCUUUGGAGAAGAGUGAAAUUUUACCAUAUCCAGAUGCUGGAAAUCACAAUUUAUUGGCAGCCGAUCUAUUUCACAACGUAGUUGACGCCAAAUCUUCGGAGAAUAUUUUCUUUUCACCGCUUUCUGCAGAGACCGCAUUGACUUUGUUAUUUGCUGGUGCCAAGGGCAAAACUGCUGAAAAUCUGCAAAGAGUUCUCAGACUUAAAGCGUUAGAUGAAACUGGUAUUGCUCAAGAUUUUGGGGCAUUUUUAAAGACUGUCCUAAAAUCACAGGCGAAUACAAAAACCAGUGAUUCAGCAUUAUACCUGGCUAAUCGUAUAUAUGCAGCUGAUGGUCUUAAAAUUUCCGAAGAAUUUAAUAAAAAUGCUAUAGAAAAUUUCAAUGGUUUUGCAGAGAAUGUGAAUUUUGCUGAAGGCAAAUUGGCAGCAGACAAAAUUAACAAUUGGCUGGCUCAACAGACCCAGGAUAAAAUCAAAAAUUUAUUAAGUGAAGAUGAUAUUGAUGCUUUGACUAAUAUAGUUUUAGUUAAUGCCUUGUACUUCAAGGGUACAUGGAAACAAAGUUUUAAUAAAGAAGCCACAAAACCCAGCGAUUUCCAAUUGAAUUUAAAAGAAACAAUCCCAGUGGACAUGAUGCAUAUACAAGGUACUUUUAAUUAUGCCGAUAUGCCGGAAUUGGCAGCCACUGCUUUGGAAUUGCCCUACAACAGCAAUAAUCUGUCGCUGUUGGUCAUAUUGCCCAAUGAAAUUGAGGGUUUAGAACAGUUGGAAAUAAAGCUAAAGAAUGUGGAAUUUAAUUACAUACCCUCCAGAUUGGCAGCCAAAAAUUUGUGCGCCUGUAUACCAAAAUUUCGCAUUGAACAUGAGCUUAAUUUGCGUAAAGCUUUGGAGAAUCUUGACUUAUCACUCAUAUUUUCCGAAAAUGCUGACUUUGGUGGCAUCUUCGGUUCAUCGCCCAAUCAGUUUAUUUCUGCUAUCAAACAAAAAUCUGUUUUCGAAAUUGAUGAGCUUGGUUCCCUGCCAGCAGCAAAAAUAGAAAAUUGCCAAAAGGAUCAGCUAUUCAAUGCCAAUCAUCCAUUUAUCUAUGGAGUUCGCAGUAAUGCAGCAGUAUAUUUUGCUGGUCACAUGGCCAAUCACAAAAAAAGUCCCUAUUUAAAUAAACCGGUACAGAAAAAAAAUAAAGAAACGGAAUUAACGAACUUUGGAGCAACUAUGACGUCACUAAAAAGCACAGUCUUAAUUUUAGGACUUUCACUCUUGCAAAUAAUCAACCCCACAACAGCCGCUACUAUUGCACCUCUGCAAAAGUCACCAAAUCACAAUUUAUUUGCAGCCGAUUUAUUUAACGUCAUGGUUGAGGGCAAAUCUACCCAGAAUAUAAUAUAUUCCCCAGCUUCUAUACAAACCUGCAUGGCUUUAACAUUUAUUGGAGCCGAAGGAGAAACCGCUGAGGAAAUGCGUAAUGUUUUGAGGCUAGGUGAUGGGGACAAAGUACAAGUAGCUGAAAACUUUAGAGAAUUUUUGAAAACUGCCCCCACAGCAGCUGAUAAUUUGACAGACACAACAGAAGUUCCCUUAUUGAAAAUAGCCAGUCGUUUGUAUGUCAAUGAACAACUUAAUGUUUCAGCAGAAUUUAAUGAAAUUUCCCAAAAAUACUUUGAUACCCAAGCGGAGCAGGUGAAUUUUACCGAUAAUAAAGCUGUUGUGGAGAAAAUUAAUAGCUGGAUAGAAGAGAAAACUGAAAGUAAAAUCAAAGAUAUUAUGCAAGAGGAUGCGGUUAAUGCUGAUACCAAUGCUGUCGUAGUGAAUGCCAUCUAUUUUAAAGCUAAAUGGCUAAAUCCCUUUAGCCAGUCUAGUACAUCAACCUCACAAUUUCGCCUUAACUUGAACGAUAGCAUGGAGGCAGAGAUUAUGUAUAUUGAGGAGUAUUUUGGUUAUGUGGAUCUGCCCGAAUUGGAAGCCAGCGCCUUAGAAAUGCCCUAUGAAAAUAGCGAUAUUUCUAUGGUAAUCAUAUUGCCAAAUGAGAUAGAGGGUUUGGAAAAAUUAGAACAAAACCUCAGAGUUAUGGAUUUAAAUGAAAUUAUUGAUAAGAUGACAAUAAGAAAAGCACAUGUUUAUGUACCCAAAUUUAGAGUAGAAUUUGAUGUUGAUUUAAAGGAACCUUUGGAGAAAUUGGGUUUGUCCACAACAUUUAGCUCAAGUGCAAAUUUUAAAGGUCUUUUCUCGACGCCCGAGUUGCAAAGUAUCUCGGAAGUGAAGCACAAAGCAUUUUUAGACGUUAAUGAAGCUGGUUCGGAGGCUGCUGCUGCCACUUUUACAACUCUUACUACAUUAAGUGCAGUUUUCGAUGAACCAACAUUCCGUGCCGAUCAUCCAUUUAUCUUUGCUAUACGCAGUAAAUCUGCAGUUUAUUUUGCCGGACAUAUGGCUAAGAUUUAGUUGGUGGCAAAUAUUUUGCUCUUCUAUAUUUUUAUGUUAUAAUA